UGCGCCUCGGAGCCAGCGGAGCCGCGGCCCGCCCGGAGGAGGAAACUUGGAGCUCCUCUCCGUGCUGACAUGAUGACCGUGUGCAGGCCGGCCAAAGGCAGCCACAGCCAGACUGAAAACCUGAGCUGCAAACUGGCUGACAAGGUCCAGGUGGAAGGUCCAAAGGCUGGGGAAGAUCCUCAAAGGCAGCCCUGUAGGUCCUCCAAUCCUUUCCUAAAGACUGAUCAGGACUCACCCCUCCAAAGAAGCCCGUUGGAAAACCUCAAUAACCUGAAGCUAAAGUUAAGAGUAGACUGUUUUCAGCAGAACAUGUUCAACUCAAAUAUGAUCAUCAGUGACCCAGCUUCAGGUCUCAAUGCUAAAGAAGCCAGCAAGUCUGGCAGGCGGCAGCUCAGUGGUGUUCAGAACCUCUGCCCUCCUGCCCGAGGCAGGGCCGGGCACAAGUCCCUCAGCAUAAAGGACAAGAUAUCAGAAUGGGAAGGGAAAAGAGAGUUGCCCACUCCUGCACCUGUCAGGAAAGCAGAUGGGCAAGAGGAUUACCUGACAUCCUGCAUGACGGACAGGAGAUGUGAUGAUGGUGUGAUGACUCAGGUCACAGCAGCUGAGAACGGAACGAGGCUGGAAAGAGAGAGCAAAGAGAACGAGAGGAAUAAGGAGGUAGUGGAAGUCAUGAGACAGAAUGCAGAGCGGAGGCUAGACCUAAGCCAGCCAGCCAGGGAGCUGUCUCCGAGCAUGGGCAAAGGCCUAGAGCUGAGGCUUAGCAAACAGCGUUUUCAGAAUGAUAGCCUCUCUGUGCUGGUGCAGGUCAAGAAACUUGAGCAGGCUCUGAGGGAUGGCGUGGCAGGGUUGGAUCUCCAGUUACCAGGGACUUGUUAUUCCCCACAUUGUGUGCCGGACAAGGAGGGGCCCAGCCUAACAGGGAACCGUGGAUGUGGGAGUGGCUCAGAAUUCAGGUCCCACCACUUGGACCUGGAAGCCAGGCAGCCCACCCCCGAGGUUGCGGAGGAAUGGAGAGGCUCCUACGGGAAGCCCUGUGAUCAGAGCCUGGAGAGUGUAUACAGAGGCUCCUCCUCCAAACACUUCAUCAACCCCCUGCCCAAACCCCGGAGAACGUUCAUGCAUGAUGGAGAAGGGGACAAGGAUGGGACCCCAGGCAUCAGCUCCAGGAAAGAUCGCAGGAACCUGCCUCCUCUGCCCACUCUUCCUCCCCCACCCCUGCCCUCCUCUCCACCACCUUCCUCUGUGAACAGAAGACUGUGGAAUGGGAGACCAAAGCCCAGUGCUGACCACAGAAAGUCCUAUGAGUUUGAAGAUUUACUUCAGUCUUCCUCUGAGAACAACAGGGUCGACUGGUAUGCACAGACUAAGCUGGGGCUCACAUGCACUUUAUCAGAGGAGAACGUCUAUGAAGACAUUCUAGACCUGCCAACGAAGGAAAACCCUUAUGAGGACAUUGACUUACAUGGUCGCUGCCUGGGAAAGAAAUGUGUCUUGAAUUUUCCUGGUUCUUCUGCCUCUUCAAUCUCUGACACAUCCACCAAGCAGUUAUUGUCCAAACCUGCUUUUUUCCGGCAAAAUUCAGACAGGAGGAACUUCAAACUGCUGGACACUAGGAAGCUGAGUCGGGAUGGAAUGGGGUCCCCUUCCAGAAUCAGCCCCCCUUCCACCCCCAGCAGCCCCGACGACACUUUCUUUAACCUUGGGGACCUGCCAAACGGCAGGAAGAAGAGGAAGAUACCCAAGCUGGUGUUGCGAAUCAAUGCCAUUUAUGAGGCCCGAAGAGGAAAGAAACGAGUGAAGAGGCUGUCCCAGUCCACAGAGAGCAACUCGGGAAAAGUGACAGAUGAGAACAGUGAGUCUGACAGUGACACCGAGGAGAAGCUGAAAGCUCAUAGCCGACGCCUGGUCAAUGUGAAGUCCCGCCUGAAGCAGGCUCCAAGAUACUCAUCACUUGACCGAGAGCUUAUCGAGUACCAGGAGAGGCAGCUCUUCGAGUACUUUGUAGUCGUGUCAUUGCACAAGAAGCAGGCAGGGGCCUCGUACGUGCCAGAACUCACCCAGCAGUUCCCUCUGAAGCUGGAAAGGUCUUUCAAGUUCAUGAGAGAGGCUGAGGACCAGCUGAAGGCCAUCCCCCAGUUCUGUUUCCCCGAUGCCAAGGAUUGGACUCCUGUCCAGCAAUUUACUAGUGAAACCUUCUCAUUUGUCUUAACUGGAGAAGACGGAGGCAGAAGGUUCGGUUACUGCCGAAGACUGCUGCCUGGUGGCAAAGGGAAGCGUCUCCCCGAAGUUUACUGCAUUGUGAGCCGCCUGGGAUGCUUCAGCCUCUUUUCAAAGAUCUUGGAUGAGGUGGAAAAACGCCGAGGCAUCUCUCCUGCCCUGGUACAGCCCCUCAUGAGGAGUGUCAUGGAAGCCCCUUUCCCAGCCUUGGGCAAAACCAUCAUUGUCAAGAACUUCCUGCCAGGAACAGGAACUGAGGUGAUUGAACUGUGCCGCCCGCUGGACUCCCGGCUCGAACAUGUGGACUUUGAGUCCCUCUUCUCUUCUCUCAGCGUCCGCCACCUGCUCUGUGUUUUUGCCUCCCUGCUUCUGGAAAGGAGGGUCAUCUUCAUCGCAGACAAGCUCAGGUACAACCUUGGCUACUUCAGAUAA